AUGGCUCGGCCUAGAAUCACCGUCCUCGGCUCCCUCAACAUCGAUCUCGUCUCCUAUGUCCCCCACCACCCUCUGCCAGGCGAGACGUUGACCGCCAAUCACUUCAACACCUCUCCCGGCGGCAAAGGCGCCAAUCAAGCCGUCGCUUGCGGCAAGCUCUCUCGCUCCUCCGACCUUUCCAACCCAGCUGCCGACGUUUCCAUGAUUGGCGCCGUUGGCUCCGACACAUACGGCCAGCAGCUUAUUUCCAGUCUGACCUCCUAUGGCGUCGACACAUCAGCAGUGGCAGUCCGUCAAGACGGCAAGACGGGCAUCGCCAUCAUCAUCGUUGACGAGCCCUCUGGCCAAAACCGCAUUAUCCUCUCCGCAGAGGCAAACCACACCCUUCUGCCGGAACACUUCUCCACUCUUCCCGGCCCCCGUCCGGAUCUGCUCAUCAUGCAGCUUGAAAUCCCCUUUGACACCGUCCUGCAGGCCCUACGCACCGCCAACGCCUCUGGAAUCCCCGUCCUUCUGAACCCGGCGCCCGCAAAGACACUCCCCGACGAGGCUUACCAGAACCUUGCUCACCUUGUCGUCAACGAGACGGAAGCUGCCAUCCUUUCAGGCUGCCAAGAAUCCGAUCUCGACGAUGUCUCCGGCUUGGAGCGGGUCAGUGCCCUCUUCAUCCAACGGGGCGUUGGCAACGUCAUCAUCACUCUUGGCGGCCGGGGCGUCUACUAUGCCACCAAAGAUGGGAAGUCGGCCCUGGUGCCUGCUCUCAAGGCUGAAGUCGUCGACACCACCGCCGCCGGCGAUACAUUUGUCGGAUCCUACGCCUUGGCCGUCGUCAGCGCUGGAUCGGGCGCCUUCGAUAUUGACACCGCUAUUAGAGCCGCCAACCGGGCCGCAGCCAUUACCGUCUCUCGCAAGGGGGCCCAAGUCUCUAUCCCUUGGAAAGAUGAGCUGAACUAA